AUGGGUUGCGAUGGAGGCUCGAUUCCCAAGCGAGACGAACUCGUCAAGCAGAAGCAGCGAAAGGCCAAGGUCGACCAAAACAUCCUCAACAGGGUCCACUGGUUCACCUGCGCCCUUUCCAAGAAACCUCUUUCUUCCCCCGUCGUCUCCUGCGGACUCGGCAAACUCUACAAUCGAGAUGCCAUCCUCGAAUUCCUCCUCGACCGCACAGCCUACGGCGAUGGCGAUCUGAUUUGUAAGCACAUCAAGUCCCUGAAGGAUGUGGUUACCCUCCAGCUCGAACUCAACCCUUCCUUCUCUGAGACUCAGUCCGCCAGUCUCACCAACCACGACCAGGAACCUGUCUCUCGCUAUAUCUGCCCGAUCACCAUGAAGGAGAUGAGUGGCAAAUACCGCUUCGUGUACCUGGACACUUGUGGAUGUGUCAUGUCCGAGCAGGCUAUGAAGGAAGUCCCCUCUAAGACCUGUAUUAAGUGCGCCAAGCCAUAUGAAGCCGUGAAUGUGAUUGUUCUUAACCCAAAAGCUGAGGAACAGGAAGCCAUGGAACUCGCACUGGUAGAGAAGCAGGCACGGAUAGCGGCAGAAAAGAAGGAAAAGAAGAAGGCCAAGGCCAACAAAAAGGAAUUAGAAUCCAUGAACGGUGCUGAUUCGAAACUGCUUGUCUCGACAGCAACAUCGUCCAGCAAACGCAAGUUGGACGAGGCCACUACCACGGAUUCUCACAAGCAUAAGAAGCAACAUACGACAACGACGACGACAGCAACCUUGUCCUCGACGCAUUCGUUGACUGCUGCGGUUGCUGCCAAAGUUGCCGAACAGAUGGCUGUCAACGCCAGUCGUCAAAAGUCAUCGGCUAUCCAGUCGAUCUAUAACAAUGGUCGAGUCUCGAAGGAGAACUUUAUGAACCGCUAA